AUGUCCAACAACCUCUCCUACGGGCAAGGUGGCCAUUACAGCUCUCAUGAUGUGCGGCCAUCCAACGCCGGAAACAACUACGAAGGUAGUGCGCAAGAUGCCAAAAUUCAAGAAAUCAAAGAAGGAAUACGCGAAACUCAAGCAACGAUGAAAACAAACCUGGAAGAUAUUGCCGGGCGAGGUGACAAACUUCAUAGCAUGGAGCACCAGACCGCCGGUCUGGCAGAUUCGUCCCAGCAAUUCCGCCGCGGUGCCAACAGGGUUCGCAAACAGAUGUGGUGGAAAGACAUGAAGAUGCGCAUCUGUUUGAUCGCUGGUGUCAUUAUCCUCUUGCUUGUUAUCAUCAUUCCUUCUGUUGUCGCCACUCGUCGUUGA